CAUCCGGCAGAUAGUUCAUUGUGAUUGGCUGAAACUGUGCAGACCGGGAAUAUUUUGAAAGUAACUGGUUGGGCGUGUGCUUUAUGUUUUGUGAUUUUCUAAUUUCUUGACUAUUUUAACGUUUCUGGUUUUGGGGUUGUCAGGAUAUAACAAGAACCAAGUAGUUUUCUUAGGUUCUCCAUGGAUCAGGAAUCCCAGGAAACCUCAUCUGCUGGAAAGACUGAAACUUUUCAUAAUAUGUCGGACGUGUUGGUGGUUGAGGGGGAGUCUUUCGUUCACGUUGAACUCAGUACAGAAAACAACAACAUUAACGAAGUUUCUGGAGAGAGACAUAAUAGGUCUGCUGCAACUCGAGCUCUGUUUCAGAAUGAUGAGCGAAAUGAUGACGAGCAGGAAGAAGAUGAGAGUAAUAAUGAAGAUGAUGACGACAGUGGCACAGACCACUUUAACACUGAAAAGCCAUGGUCUCGGCUGCAGAGAGCUGAGCGUCAUACAGGAGUGACUUCCAAUCUUCCUGACACCUUUCAGACCAGCCACCUGCUGUUCUAUGAGAGGUUCAAGGCGUACCAGGACUACAUACUCGGAGACUGUAAGCCCUCUGAGGUGAAGGCUUUCACGGCAGACUACCUGGAGAAGGUGGUGGAACCGUGUGAUUGGCUGGCUCUGUGGUCUACUAAUGUCUUUGAUGUUCUGGUGGAGGUGCGUGACGUGGACCUGAAGGAUCUGAAGGCCUGUGCAAUGCUGGUGUUGCCUCUGCAGUGUGACACCAGAGGCUGUGAACUCACUGAAGAGGACAUAAAAUCUUUGCUGGAAGUGGCCCAGUACAAAGUGCCACUGCAGGAGCUGCAGGUGGUCUAUGAAGAGUCUGGAGACUUUGAUCAGACCGCCCUUGCUCUGGAGCAUCUCAGGUUUUUUUAUAAGCACAUCUGGAGGCAGUGGGAUGAGGAAGAUGAAGAUGAUGACUUUGACUACUUUGUUCGUUGUGUGGAGCCUCGUCUCAGGCUCUACUAUGACAUCUUAGAGGACAGAGUCCCAACAGGCCUGGUGGCAGAGUACCAGUCCUUACUGGAGAAGUGCUCUCAGUGCUUCCAGCAGUUCUCUUUACUGCGCAGUGGCCUUAGCACUGACUCAGACUCUGAGCUGGACAAUGUGUCCAUGGUGGAGGGUCUUAAGCUCUAUGACCAGCUGGAGACUUUCAAGCGCAAACUGCACAUCAUAGAGAAUCCCCUGCUGAGGUACGUCCUGGGCUACAAAGGUAAUGCUAGUCAGCAGUGUGUGCAGAGCCGUGGACCCAGAGCAUCAGGUGUGAAGGUUGUCCAUGUUGUCACAGCGUCCUGCAGCUCAAGCCAGCUCGAGUCUCUCCUCAGCACCAGACUGCUGCCUCUGUGCUCCUCUGGGGACACAGAGAUCCAGUUCCACAGUGAGCCGGUAUCAGCGGUGGAGUCGUGCUAUCAGGGUGACGUGAUCAUCAUUCUCCCAGGGAUCUACAGCGUGAGCAGCUCCAUCUUCAUACCAGACUCCAUCACUAUAGAAGGCUUUGGGUUUCCUGAUGAUGUGGUGAUUGAGAAGAAAGACAAAGGCGACUCAUUUGUGGAGACGACAGGAGCUGAUGUCAGACUGUCCAACAUCAAGUUCAUCCAACACGAUGCUAUUGAGGGCAUUCUGUGUGUCCGUCAGGGGACUCUCAACAUGGAGAACUGCGUGUUGCAGUGUGAGACCACAGGAGUUAUCGUCCGAACAUCGGCCCGUCUCAACAUGAACAUGUGUGACCUGUAUGGCUCCAAGGGGGCUGGGUUGGAGAUUUACCCUGGCAGUGUUUGCAGUCUGGUUAGUAAUGGCAUCCAUCACUGUAAGGACGGGAUCCUCAUCAAGGACUUUGCAGAUGAGCUGGAUGUGAUGCCGUCCAUUACCAUGGAGAACAAUGUGAUCCACAACAAUGAAGGCUACGGAGUGAUUCUGGUGAAGUCCAGCACCGGCGAGCAAUGCAGAGUUCCUCUGGACAGAAGUGAAGAACCCACAGAACAGAAGGCUGAAGACAAAGAGCAGCGAGGAGUUUCACAUCCUCUUGUCUCCACAUCCGAAACAACCUCCAGCAGCUCAGCAGCUGUUCAGCCUGAGUCCAUAGAGAAAAACAGCACAGAUGGUGACGUGGCCUCCACCUCAGCCAGGAGGUGGCACUUCAGUCGUCAGCUGAGCAGAAACAAGGAGACGUCCUGCAGCCGACCUGUCCAGAAUCUGAUGGACCACCAGAUCUUUGUCUCAAUUCAGGGGAACCAGUUCAAACGCAACGGCAUGGGUGACUUUGGCAACUUUUUCUGCUGACAAACGCAUUUAGCACACUGAACUUGCACAUCUUUAAACAUCCAUCCACUGAGUGUUGCUGAGCAGUAAUUAUUUCAUGGCUUCAUAUUUUAGCAGAUUUUUUUUUUCUUUUCUACAAAUAGAAACUGCUGCUUCACAUGCAUCCAUUCAGGUGUUGUACAGAGAUAAUAUCACGGGAGUAGUGUUGUGAUCAUUUAGAAGCUGCCCUCGCCCUGAGCCUUGUUCAAGUUUUUAUUUUAUUUAUUCCUCUGGGCUCCUGAUGCUAAAUGUUUUUAAUUUACUUUUACAGUCCACUUGUCACUUUGUUGUUUUGGUGGUUGAACGUCUGAUCUAAUAAAUGAUGGUAUCCUGAA